AUGGCGGACCAGGGCGAGCAGCCUGGGCUCCCCCAGGGCGGGGAGGGCGAGGCUGGCAGCAAGCGACCCCGGGAGGACGGCGCGGACGCAGAGGACGUGCCUCCGCCCAAGACGUUCGCGACCGUGGGCGACGCGCAGAACCUCCAGGCGCUGUCCGCGGGCGCGAUCAACCCGUUCGGCAUGAUGAACCCCAUGAUGGGCAUGAACCCCGCGCUCCUGGGCAUGCCGCAGUCCAACCCCUACCAGAUGAACAGCAGCGCGCCCGCGCAGAGCCGCGGAUACAACGGCAACAGGUCUUCGCAGGCGGCGUCGCAGCCGGACGACGACCUGGCGCGGCGCCGCGCGCAGAACCGCAAGUGGGCGCAGGCGAGUCGGCAGCGCAAGAAGGAGAAGAUGGGGAUGCUGGAGAAGCAGGUCAAGGAGCAGCAGGAGCUGAUCGACACGCUCAAGGAGGAGUACGACCGCCUGGGGAAGGAGGUCGGCGUCCUGCGCGCCGUCGUCGGGCUGAUGGCGCAGAAGGCGGACGUCAAGCUGGAGGCGGGGGCGCUGUCGGACCUGCUGAGCGCCUCGCCCGUGGCGGCGGCGGCGGGCGUCACGCAGGCGACGCUCGCGGAGUACAUCGAGUCCGUCGUCAUGACGCUCAACGGCGAGGCCGGCCCGCCCACCGCCAGCGCGUUUGGGGACGGCGGCGCGGGGGGCGCCAGCGACGCGGCGCCGGCGCCGGCCUCGGUGCCCGGGAUGGCGACGUCCGGCCCGAUGGGCGCGGGGGCGCCGCCGAUGAGCUACGGGUUCUCGGGGGCCGGCAUGAACCCGUUUUCGCUCCCGGGCAUGACCCCCGGGGCGUCCAUGGGGAUGAGCAUGCCCGCGCUGAUGAACAUGCAAGGUCUGGACCCGGCGGCGAUGCGGAUGCAGAUGCAGAUGCUGCAGGCGACCGCCGGCGCCGGCUUGUUCGGACAGGGGUUCCCCGGCGUGCCCCCCAUGGCGGGGCAGGGCGACGACCAGGGAGGCGGCGAGGCGGUGGACGCUGCGCAGGGCACCCUCAACCCGAUGCACGGGCUCGCAGAGCAGGCCGCGGCGGCCGACGCGUCCGUCGACCCCGGCGCGGGAGAAGUCAAGACGGAGGACGGCUAG